AUGGCAUCCCUCACUUCCAUCCUCUACAACAUCGUCGUUGGGUGGAUUACCCUAUUCAUCUUCUUCUACAUGCUCGGCUUCCUCCUGCCCAAGGCCACCUUUGUGGGCCGCGCGCUGGCCUCUUACUUUGCGCUGGUCGUGAGCUCGCUCUUUGGUGUCACUGCGGCCAUCGUCCUGCGGCUCGUUGGCUAUGGACAAUUGUCGCAAUGGGUUGUGGCACGCUUUUUCAAGUACGCCAUGCUGGUGACCACGGGCGUCAACUUCGUGGCCGAGGACCCCAAUGGCUACCUUGAGAAGGUCCGUCCAGCCGUCUUUGUCGCCAAUCAUCAGACAGAGCUCGACGUUUGUAUGCUUGGCUCCAUUUUCCCCAAGUGGUGCAGCAUGACGGCCAAGUCGUCGCUCCGUCACACUCCAUUCCUGGGGUGGUUUAUGACCCUCAGCGGCACCAUCUUCCUCAAUCGCUCUAACACGGCCGAAGCACGGAAGAAGAUGAGUGGUGCUGCCAACGAAAUUCGCAACAAGCGCCAGAGUGUCUACAUCUUCCCUGAGGGCACUCGCAGUUAUACGAAGGACCCUGUGCUGCUUCCCUUCAAGAAGGGCGCCUUCCAUCUGGCCGUCCAGGCGCAGGUACCGAUCGUGCCCAUCGUCGUGGCAAACUACAGCCACAUUCUUUGGAUCAAGGGCCUCAUCUUCCGUUCCGGCACCAUUCCCGUUAAGGUCCUUGACCCCAUCCCAACGACCGGUAUGACCGCCGAGGAUGUCGACAAGCUGACCCAGACGACUCGCGAGUUGAUGCUCAAGGAGCUUGUUGAACUUACCGCGCGCGCUCGCGGUGAGGCCAACGCUACACCUGUUAGCCGGCCCACUAAUGGUGAAGUUGUUAAGGUGACUGGCGUUGAGAAGCGUGUGGCUGCCUGA